AUGCCAACAACCUCACCAUCAACAGCGCCUUUGGAAGGCUGGCAGUUUGAUGACAAUUCACGCUCAUCAUGGGACAUACUGUGGACUUGUCUUUCAGCCAUCCUUGCCUGUACCUGGACAGCUCUGCAUCUAUCAGUCCCAAAGAACCGCCAGCCAGAAUGGAGAGCCUUUACCCAGAAAGUGCUAAUCUGGCUAUUCGUCGUCGUAUACCCCGAGUUGACAUUGGUGAAUGAAGCAGUAAGCCAGUUUUUCUUGGCCCAGAAAACGCUUACAAACUUCGAGUCUGCCCAAGAGGAGAUUGACCAAGGAGCGGUGCCUCCUUCAUCAGUACUAGGAGAGCCCGAAUGGAGUCCCGAGUCAUGGUCUCUAACCCAUGCUUUCUGUGUGAAUAUGAGGGGGCUCGCCUUGCAAACCAAAGAUAAACGAACAUAUGUAGUCGAAUCCAGGCAUGUUCGGAUUCUUCUCAAAGCUGGGAUCAUCAAUUAUUCUCUUUUCGACAAACGAGACAUUGACGACCGAUCCAAAGUAGAUUCCCUUGCAAAAGUUUUUAGUCUUAUCCAAAGUAUCUACACAACUGUCAACUUAUUGUCCAGAGUUGCAUAUCACCUACCAAUCACGCCGCUUGAAAUCACGACUUUAGCCUUUCUAUUUUGCCCUUUCAUUUCAUAUGCCUUUUGGUGGAAGAAACCAAAGGAUAUGAGUGCGCCAAUUCUCAUUCAUUUACCAUAUAACCAUGAUAGUGAUGAGAUGGCCUCAGAGCUUCGAGAUCUUUUGACCGACAACAGAGAGGUAUCCUUGCGUAAAGAACUCUUGGGCAACUUGUGUGUUUUACUGGCCUCACUGGCCUUUUCCGCCAUCCAUAUUGCAGCCUGGAACUCUAGCUUUCCCACACCAGCUGAGAGACUGGCUUGGAGAGUGCUCUCAGUGAUUUCCAUUUGUUUAUGCUUACCUAUGUUUCUGGUGAUGCAGAUGCCGUUCCUGAGGGGGUGGCUGGCAAGCUUUCAAUUACCAGGCCUACCAAGCUUUGACAAUCCAUAUCCCGAUGAAACAAAACCCGAGAUUGUGGUUUUAGUUAUUUUACUCUUUACAUACGCGCUUGCUAGAAUAGGGACCUUUGUGCUCAUGAUUAUGUCGCUGAGAGCUCUCCCAGCAGGCUCUUAUGUAUCUAUUGACUGGCUAAAAUCCAUUCCACACAUAUAA